GCGCAAUCGUUUGCACAAGACAACGCGCCUGACUGACAUGCACGCACGCACGCACGCCUGCACGCACGUACGCACGAACGGACGAACGAACGAACGAACAAAACAAAACGCGGUUUUGACAGCUCCGGCCGGUCUGGCUGGCGCGGAGAAAACGCACCUUCGUGAUACGUAAUCCCUGACGCGUGAUCCACAUUUUAUAAUUAAAUCCGUGCCUCCCCCGUGUCAAAUAGUAGUGAAUCGCAACCCUGUCUGGAACACUGGACGCAUCCUAAUUGGAAUGUCCACAUGAAGCUGCUGAAAUUCUUGCUUCGUUAUUUCCCGCCAGGUCUCGCUUUGGAGUACACUCAAGGCGGUGACAUCAAGACAAAAAUGAUCGACUUACUGGACCUGUCCGCCGAAACGGACGUAAGAGCAUUAGCGGAAAGCAUAAAAGCGGCCGAACCUAUAAUAACCGAAAGUGUAAUGGACCAGUUAGUUGAAACUCUGCAGAAACUGCAGACUAAAGUUUGCGAUACAAAUACCAAGCGCUACUACAAAUACAAAACCUUACAGACGCAUCUUUUGCCGGUUACUAAUAUAGCGUUCGAUAAACUAGGUAAAAGAUGCUUGACGGGGAGCUAUGACCGAACUUGUAAAGUUUGGGACAUUGACAGUGGAGCGGAGCUUUUUACUCUCGAAGGCCAUAAGAACGUGGUCUACGCCGUCUCGUUCAACAAUCCGACUUCAGACAAAAUUGUAACCGGGUCCUUCGACAAAACGGCGAAGGUCUGGUGCUCGCGGACGGGUCACUGCCUCGCAACCAUGUGGGGUCACGAUGCGGAGGUGGUGGUGGCUAAAUUCUCACCGGCGCGAUGCAAGCUCGCGACGGGCUCCAUCGACGCGACAUCAAAAAUAUUCCAUAUAGAAACCGGUCAGGAAUUGGGCACGUUACGCGGACACACGGCGGAAGUUAUUGCGCUGCAUUACAACGACGAUGGAAAUCAGAUCAUAUCGGGCUCCUUCGACGGAACCGUCAACAUCUGGGAUACAAGAACAUUUGCACGGACAAGCGUGCUAAUUGGCCAUCGCGCGGAGUUGUCCAACUGUCUGUAUAAUUACGAUUGUUCAUUGAUCGCGUCGUCCUCGAUGGAUAAAAGUGCAAAGGUGUGGGACGCGAGAGCGAAUUCUUGCGUGGCUACCUUGUUGGGACACGACGAUGAAGUUUUGGAUCUCGCUUUCGACAACAAUGGUAAGAGACUGGCGACAGCCAGUAGCGAUUCCACCGCGCGAGUUUGGGACAUAAGCAACACUUUUCAGGAGUUGGCUCUCAUGAAAGGCCAUCAAGAAGAAGUGUCGAAAGUUUGCUUUAGUCCAAAUGGCCAUCAACUUCUAACUGCCUCCUUGGACAAAACAGCCAGGAUAUGGUCCGCGGACGACGGCUCCUGCUUUCAACAAUUGAAAGGACACAGCGACGAUGUGUUCGCUUGCGCAUUUUCAUACACGGGGGAUACUAUUAUUACCGCCGGCAAGGACAAUACUUGCACGAUUUGGAGAUGACUUGAUUGGUUUCAAGUGUCCUAGCUUCUACUCGUCGCUCUGUUUGUCGUUUACAUUGUAUAUUUUUAUGUUAUCUGAAUAUGGGCGAGCGAAGCCUAUCGUUUUCCAAUAAGCAGACGAGAGAUAUGUUAAGUGCUUCCGCGUUUCGCCAGACAGUGUUAUCAGCAUUUUGAUAAUGACAAAGAGUGGUAUCUCCAAAAAUGAAAUGUUUCAACAAAAAUUAGUUACUGACGUAACUGAUGUAAAAUUUAAUAUGAAAGCAAGCAAAUUGCUGUAUCAUAAUUAAUUAGUCUUGAAAUUAUAGAGAUAGUAAAAGCUGAGAGAAUUAUUCUAGAUAUUGUAGAAAUAAAAUAUUAUUUUACAAUAGUAAAAUAGCAACAUGUUGCCGAGAGUGAAUUUGUUCGUAGAGGCGUAAAAUUUUUUAUCUGAAAUCUAUUUUAAUUAGAUUCUUAAUCAAUGCAUUUUGCUGCAGUAGUAAAGUCGUUACUACUCAAUAACAGAAUAAGAAUAAAUCGCUAUUGCCUAGUAUCUAAAUAAUGAUAUAUUAUUAUAGUAAAUAAUUUGUAGGACAAAACUACCUUUAGCCAAGUAACAUUGGUAUUCUAUUUGCUAUUUGCAAAAUAACCAAUGAGAUUUGCUUAAUGUAAAACAUGUUAGUAAGCUUUUUCUCGGCAUUUAAAUUGAAUUUUUAUCCUAAAAUAGAUUUAGUUCAUCAUUAAUCGUUACAAAAUCACAGACGUAUGUCAAAUUAUAGGUGCAGUUUUAAAAAUAACCACUUAUUAAAGCUGAUAACUAUAGCAUGACCAGCAAAUGCAUUAUUUAAUCUUAUCCAUAAGGCAAUUGAGAUAAGAUAGUCC